CAGGGCCAGUUUGCUGUCCGCCCGCCGCCCACUGUGCUGGGAAGGAGUUCCUGCACGCUCACGGCCACCAUUGCCCCACCUGGGCGGCCGGAGCCCCCCCACCCAGCCCGUGCCCGCCGUGCACCCUCAUCCGGUGUGAGAGCUCUCCUUCCGCUCUGCGGACGCCGCGGGCAUGGACUAUUCGUACGACGAGGACCUGGACGAGCUAUGCCCGGUGUGUGGGGACAAGGUGUCCGGCUACCACUACGGGCUGCUCACGUGCGAGAGCUGCAAGGGCUUCUUCAAGCGCACGGUGCAGAACAACAAGCACUACACGUGCACCGAGAGCCAGAGCUGCAAGAUCGACAAGACGCAGCGCAAGCGCUGUCCCUUCUGCCGCUUCCAGAAGUGCCUGACGGUGGGGAUGCGCCUGGAAGCCGUGCGUGCUGACCGCAUGCGAGGCGGCCGGAAUAAGUUUGGGCCCAUGUACAAGCGGGACCGGGCGCUGAAGCAGCAAAAGAAAGCACAGAUUCGCGCCAACAGCUUCAAGCUGGAGACAGGCCCCCCGAUGGGGGUGCCCCCACCUCCCCCACCCCCUCCGGACUACAUGCUGCCCCCCAACCUGCAUGCGCCCGAGCCCAAGGGCCUGGCAUCCGGUCCACCCACUGGACCACUGGGCGACUUUGGAGCCCCGGCAUUGCCUAUGGCAGUGCCUGGCACCCACGGGCCACUGGCUGGUUACCUCUACCCUGCCUUCCCUGGCCGGGCCAUCAAGUCUGAGUACCCGGAGCCCUAUGCCAGCCCCCCGCAGCCUGGGCCCCCCUACGGCUACCCAGAGCCCUUCUCCAGCGGCCCGAGUGUGCCGGAGCUCAUCCUGCAGCUGUUGCAGCUGGAGCCCGACGAGGACCAGGUGCGGGCUCGCAUCGUGGGCUGCCUGCAGGAGCCGGCCAAGGGCCGCCCCGACCAGCCCGCGCCCUUCAGCCUGCUGUGCAGGAUGGCGGACCAGACCUUCAUCUCCAUCGUGGACUGGGCGCGCCGCUGCAUGGUGUUCAAGGAGCUGGAGGUGGCCGACCAGAUGACCCUGCUACAGAACUGCUGGAGCGAGCUGCUGGUGUUUGACCACAUCUACCGCCAGGUCCAGUACGGCAAGGAGGGCAGCAUCCUGCUGGUCACCGGGCAGGAGGUGGAGCUGAGCGUGGUGGCUGCCCAGGCUGGCUCGCUGCUGCACAGCCUGGUGCUGCGGGCGCAGGAGCUGGUCCUGCAGCUGCACGCGCUGCAGCUGGACCGCCAGGAGUUCGUCUGCCUCAAGUUCCUCAUUCUCCUCAGCCUCGAUGUGAAGUUCCUGAACAACCACAGCCUGGUGAAGGACGCCCAGGAGAAGGCGAACGCAGCCCUGCUGGACUACACGCUGUGCCACUACCCGCACUGCGGGGACAAGUUCCAGCAGCUGCUGCUGUGCCUGGUGGAGGUGCGGGCCCUGAGCAUGCAGGCCAAGGAGUACCUGUACCACAAGCACCUGGGCAACGAGAUGCCCUGCAACAACCUGCUCAUCGAGAUGCUGCAGGCCAAGCAGACCUGAGCCGCCGGAGGGGCGGCCCCAGCCCGAGCUAGGAGCUGUCCGUGGGAUGGGCAGGGCCUGGCUUAGGGGGUGGCCCUCACCUGCCACUGGCACUCGCUUGCCACCCAGAGUGCCCUAGAGAUUCGGCUGCCAACCAUCCCCUCCUUCCCUGCUCCCGGCUUCCGUCCUGGAGGCUGAAGCACAGGGCAGGUCGGGAGGAGGUGUGGGACUCCCUGGGAGGCCUUGAUGUCCUCCCUUCCCCUGUCCUGGAAUCAGGAGCAGGGGAAGUGGAGUGGGCAUCAGUCGGGGAAGGAGAGGGGUCUGCAGAUCCUCGUGGAGGGGAGGGAAGCCCUGUGUUUUCUACUCUAGCGAGAAGUGGGUUUGCUAAGUUGGGCAGGGGCCGUUGGCCCUAGAGGACAGCUGGACACUGGUGAGGGCCCAAAGACCUCCCCCUGGCCCUCAACCCGUCUCACUUCUGCAGGGGAGGCUGUGGUCCAGGACGCUGCCGCCAUCAGCCUUCUCUCCCUGCCGUCUGCCCCCACCCCAGGAAGGGCUUUGGUACCGUCCACAUCCCACCCGCCCACACUGGCCACGGCGGGGACUAAUCUGCAAGGGUGUAGUCAAGAGGGUUUUUUGCCUGGUUGUUUCCCGGUCUCCUAGACACUCUUGGAGGAGGUGUGCGUGCUGGAGGGCGGGGAUGGAUUGGAGGACUGAGGAAGGGGGUCCUGCGGGUUAGCACCAAGUGCAGGCCCAGACUUCUUCCCCGACACUGGUCCCCAGUACCCUGGGGUGAGGGGGGGGUGGGGGCGGGGCCAUUUUGCUGAGCCCCCUGCUGCAGUCCGGAGAAGACCUGUGCUUGUCCUCCACACCACGAGGUGAAUCGCAGGGGCCUGUGGGGCUCAGAGUCCUGAGGGCGAAGAACGGCCAAACAGGGAAGGCAAACAGGCCCCCGGGUCGGGGCCAGCGCAGACAAGCCCUCCCUCACGGCCCUGUCCAGGAGGCCCCGGCUGCAGCCCUGGUAGCCGCCUCAGCUCUCUGGCCUUCUCUGCUGUCCACCCUGCUUUUGUGUCGCCUUUGCCGCGCGUGCUGAGCCUGCCAGGUUGGAGACAGCGGGGCGUCCCUGCCCCUGCUUUCCGCGGCCCUGACUCAGCCCCGCCUCAGCCCCUCAAGAUGCAUGCCCCUGCCAAGGCCAGAGACCCGCAGCCCCGGAACAAGAAGUGCCCUUACGAAUCUCGCCAGGCCCCGAAGCCCUCAAAUAAAUUUUGCAAUUUGU